AUGGCAUCAACAGCACGGCCCGUAGCCAAAAAGCAAACUAAGAACAUUACCGAGUACAAGAAAUUGAACCUCAAUGGUGAAUUUUAUGAAAUCGGAGAUGCAGUGGUACUCAAGGAAUAUAAAGAUGAUUGUUGCUAUGGGACUAUAUUGAAAAUUUGGAAAGAAGUUAAAAAUAGUGAUGCAUAUGCGAAAAUUAGAUGGUUUUAUAAGCCCAGUGACAUUUUCCAUGAGCAUCAUGAUUUUAUUUCUUGUGCAGAACUUUUUGAUUCAGAUUAUAUUCAAGAUGUGUGGAUUCAAACUAUCUAUGAUAAGGUCAGAGUACUUCCUUUUGAAGAAUACCAUAAUCUUGAUGAAGUAGAUGAUAAUACAUUCUUCUGAAGAGCGGUUUAUAACUCUAGAGAUUCCUCUUUAACUCCCCCUUUAUCAGAAUGGAAAAGAGCAUGUGUUUGCAAUAAAAUUUUUAACCCAGAUGUUCUCUAUGUAUCAUGUGACAAUUGCUUAGAAUUAUUCCAUCCUGAGUGUGUAAAUGCUGAUCUCGAUGCUCCAGAGUGGAUAUGUGAUUCAUGCAUUGCUUGUAAAACAGAAGAGUAA